AUGGGCCAGGGCACUCCGGUCCUUGGCAUCCCGGUUCCCAGGGGAAACCAGCUCCAGGAAAGGCAGUUGGCAAACAGAAGUGAAGUGAAUUGCACACCUCGCCCACGGCCACGAGGCCGUUCCCAUGGGCCGUCCCCUUCUCCACCCCCAGCACCCCCGUAUAAAGCCCCUGUCCUUGGAUGCUGCCGAGCAAGCCUGGGCCAGGAAGAGGAGGAGGAGGAGGUGGAGGAGGAGGAGGAAGAGGAGGAGGCGGAGGCAGAGGCAGGCAUAGAGAGCAGCAUGAAGCAGGUUGUGGUUGAAGAGCCACUGGACGCCGAGAUGCGCUGCUGCAAGCCCGGCUGCUGCUGCCUGCCCGGCUGCACUGCCUGCUGCCCCAAGUGCCUGCGGCGGUGCGGCGGCUGCGGCUGCCACGGCUGCCACGGCUGCGGCGGCUGCCUCAAGCGCAGCCUCUGCUUCGUGCCUCGCCUGCUCUGCUACCUGCCCCGCAAGCUCCUCAGCUGCCACCACCUCAAGUGCCUCCUCAUCGUGGUGGUGGUGGUGGUGCUGCUGGUGGUCAUCAUCGCGGGCGCCCUGCUGAUGUGGCUGCACGCGGCCCGGCAGCGCGCCGACGCCGUGACCGUGGAGGGGCUGGAGAGGGGAGCUGUCUGGCCGUGGCUUCCCGCCGGCGGGGAAGAGGAGGCAGCGACUUUCUACGUAGACGGAGGAGCCGGAAGCCCAGCCACGGUCCUCUACGACUACAAGAACCUGCUGAUCGGCUACAGAUCCUGGCUGCACCAAGGCUGCUACGUCACCCGCAUGGACGAGGACAACAUCCAGGGGCUGGACGCCGUCACCGCGGCCUUCCGGCAGCGGCAGGCUGAGGAGAGGCCCCCCGUGCCCCUGGCCGAUCGCUCCCUCCUGAGCACCGCAGCCAACGUCCUCUGCAGCGUCGUCCCCGUCUACUGGGCCUAGCCCGGCUGGCAUCCCCGGAGGACCCGGCCCCAUCGGCAGCGUCGCCUCGGAGUCGUGCCCGCAGCAGUGCCAACAUCUCCCGGCAGCGAUGCCCUGGCGCGCCGCGCUCUGCAGCUGAGCGGGGGCCCACGGGCUCGGCGGGGGCCCGGGGGGGGCGCGGGGGGGCUCGGCGACCCUGCAAGGCCCCACUGCGGAUCCCUGCUGCGAACGCGCUUCUUGGGUGACGGCGGAGGUGGUGGGCGUUUGCUUGGGCGACCGUUUCGUGCUGCUGACGCCGAGCUGCAGGCUGUGCCAGGGGACAGCUGGUUUGUCACUUAGUCUUCUCAGCUUUGCCAAAACCAAGUGCAAAAAUAAGCUUAACAAAAAAAAGACAUUUAAAGAAACAA